AGUGCGCACAACAUGGAUCUCCUGUUUCUAUUCCUUGUGACUUUCGUGCUGGGGUUUUGGAUUUGCAAGAAGAUGAAUGAAUGGAAGUCUUUACCGCCGGGGCCAUGGGGGCUGCCUAUUCUUGGUUAUCUGCCGUUCAUGGAUAGACAUAAGCCGCAUUUGACUUUAACUAAUCUAUCCAAAGUCUACGGCUCAAUCUACGGUCUGUCUAUGGGCAGUAUUUAUACCGUGGUGUUGUCUGAUCACAAACUCAUAAGGGAGGCGUUCGCCAAGGACGUAUUUUCCGGACGCGCGCCGUUGUAUCUUACGCAUGGACUUAUGAAGGGAUUCGGCAUCAUUUGUUCCGAGGGUGCACGGUGGAAGGAUCAAAGAAAACUAAUAACUAGCUACCUGAAAACUUUCGGCAUGAGCAAAAUCAGUUCGUCUCGAGAGAAACUACAGAAGCGAAUUGCUAUGGGGGUUAUUGAAGUUGUUUCAGUUGUCAAAGAAAACUUAGGGUCACCUGUCGAUUUGUCCACCCUUAUCACUCACUCCCUGGGUAAUGUUGUCAACGACCUCAUCUUCGGCUGCAAGUUCCCUCCCCAUGACAAGGUGUGGCACUGGCUGCGGGAGAUCCAGGAGGAAGGCUGUCACGAGAUGGGAGUGGCCGGUGCUGUUAAUUUUCUGCCUUUUGUCAGGUUCAUUUCUCCGUCAACUCAAAAAUCCAUAGAAGUACUAUCGAAAGGACAAGCUCAAACCCACAGACUAUACGCGAGCAUUAUAGCAAAGCGAAGAAAGGAGUUGGGUCUUACAGCACCAGAGAAGGCGAAAUACCCGCUUCAUGAAAACAUAUUCAAGGAGCAUCCCAAAGGAUUCAUAAAAUAUAUACAGUAUAGUAAAAACAUGGAUAGCUACGAGGAGAAUUAUUUCGAUCCAGAUAUUCUUAUAAGUUCCGGGGAGGAAUGUAUUCUAGACAAUUACCUGUUGGAGCAGAAUAAGAGGUUUGAGAACGAGGAAGAUUCAGCUAUGUAUGCUACAGAUGAGCAGUUGCUGCAUCUAUUGUGUGAUAUGUUCGGCGCUGGUCUCGAUACCACUGCGUCUACUCUGAACUGGUUCCUAUUAUACAUGGCCAUGCAUCCAAAGGAGCAGGAGCUGGUCCGAAAAGAAAUUCUCGAAGUGUAUCCGGAACAAGCAGAAAUAGACACAGCGAAGUUACCAUAUUUGAUGGCCGCUAUUAGUGAGGUCCAGAGGAUCAGAAGCAUCGUCCCUGUUGGAAUACCACAUGGUGCUACGGAGGAUACCUACAUCGGGGACUACAGAAUACCAAAGGGUACAAUGGUGAUGCCACUGCAGUGGGCUAUCCAUAUGGACCCAACAGUGUGGGAGAACCCUGAAGAGUUCAAGCCGAGUAGAUUCAUAGACGAAAAUGGAACCUUGCUGAAACCCCAGGAAUUUAUACCGUUCCAAACUGGUAAACGCAUGUGUCCCGGCGACGAGCUCUCCCGCAUGAUAUCUACCUGUUUCAUCGUCUAUCUCUUUCGCUCCGUCCGUCUCAGCCUGGCCAGCGAUCCUCCUACCGAGAAGGAAUUGGAGGGACAAAUAGGAUUGACUCUAGCACCACCGAAGGUUCUAUUUCGUUGUGAAGCGGUGUAGUU